AAUGGUUGGGUCCUUUUCUCGUGCUGAGUCUCGGAUGCCGGUUGUCGCGCACAUGGCCUGCUAGCAAAAAUCACUGGGUUUUUACCAUCAGAACCGACCAGAUCCAUUACGUGAAGUGAUACCGAAGAGCAGGGCAGCUUAAAUGCGUGAUACAGAGAAUAUGGCGGCAGAAGCCGAAUUUGAUGAGGACGAAGAACCCUCUUUUAGCGACCCAGAGGAUUUCGUGGAUGACGUUAGUGAAGACGAGCUGCUGGGCGAUCUCCUGAAGGAGAGACCACAGGAGGCAGAUGGGAUUGACUCUGUUGUUGUUGUUGACAACGUACCUCAGGUUGGACCAGAACGUCUUGAGAAACUAAAGAAUGUCAUCCACAAGAUCUUCUCAAAGUUUGGCAAAAUCACAAACGAAUUUUACCCAGAGGGAGAUGGUAAUACAAAAGGGUACAUUUUCCUGGAGUACUCCUGUCCUGCUCAUGCUCUUGAGGCUGUGAAGAAUGCAGAUGGAUACAAGCUGGACAAGCAGCACACCUUUAGGGUUAACGUCUUCACAGACUUUGACAAGUAUAUGAAUAUCAGUGAUGAAUGGGAAACACCAGAGAAGCAGCCAUUCAAAGACUUUGGGAACCUGCGACACUGGCUGGAAGAUGCGGACUGCAGAGAUCAAUAUAGCGUGAUUUUUGAAUCUGGGGAACGCACAGGCAUUUUUGCCAAUGAUAUCAAGGAACCAAUUGUUGUUGAAGAGAGAGCACGCUGGACAGAGACGUACGUCCGCUGGUCUCCUAGAGGUACCUAUCUGGCCACAUUCCAUCAGAGGGGCAUUGCUCUGUGGGGAGGAGAGAAGUUUAAACAGAUCCAGAGGUUCAGCCACCAAGGGGUGCAGCUCAUUGACUUCUCUCCAUGUGAAAGGUACCUGGUUACAUUCAGCCCUCUGAUGGACACAAAAGAUGACCCGCAGGCCAUCAUCAUCUGGGAUGUCCUGACUGGACAGAAAAAGAGAGGCUUCCAUUGUGAGAGCUCUGCACAUUGGCCAAUCUUCAAGUGGAGUCAUGAUGGAAAAUUCUUUGCCAGAAUGACACAAGACACUCUCAGCAUCUAUGAGACCCCAUCUAUGGGGUUAUUAGACAAGAAAAGUUUAAAAAUCACUGGGAUAAAGGAUUUCUCUUGGUCUCCGGGUGACAAUAUCAUUGCUUUCUGGGUACCUGAGGAUAAAGAUAUCCCAGCAAGGGUGACGCUCAUGCAGCUUCCGUCUCGGCAAGAGAUCCGAGUCAGAAACCUGUUCAACGUGGUGGACUGUAAGCUUCACUGGCAGAAGAACGGGGAUUACCUUUGUGUGAAGGUAGACAGGACCCCCAAAGGCACGCAGGGUGUGGUGACAAACUUUGAAAUCUUCCGAAUGAGGGAAAAGCAAGUGCCAGUUGAUGUGGUAGAAAUGAAAGAGGGCAUCAUAGCCUUUGCUUGGGAGCCAAACGGCAGUAAAUUUGCUGUGCUGCACGGAGAGUCUCCCAGAAUAAAUUCAUCAUUCUACCAUGUUAAAAACAAUGGCAAAAUUGAGCUUAUCAAAACGUUUGAUAAGCAGCAAGCAAACAGUAUUUUCUGGAGUCCUCAGGGUCAGUUUUUGGUGUUGGCUGGUCUGAGAAGCAUGAACGGUGCUUUGGCAUUUGUUGACACUUCGGACUGCACCAUGAUGAAUAUUGCAGAACAUUACAUGGCAUCAGAUGUAGAAUGGGACCCAACUGGACGAUAUGUUGUUACAUCAGUGUCUUGGUGGAGCCAUAAGGUGGACAAUGCAUUUUGGCUGUGGACCUUUCAGGGUCGUCUCCUUCAGAAAAACAACAAGGAUCGUUUUUGCCAGCUUUUGUGGAGACCCCGACCACCAACACUUCUUAAUGUGGAGGAGAUAAAACUCAUAAAGAAGGAUCUGAAGAAGUACUCCAAGAUCUUUGAGCAGAAGGAUCGUCUGAGUCAGUCCAAGGCCUCCAAGGAACUGGUUGACAGGAGACGAACAAUGAUAGAAGAGUAUCAUGCAUACCGGGAUAAUGCCCAGAAGAUAUACCAGGAGCAAAGAUUGCUUCGCCUGGAUCUUAGAGAAGGUGUGGACACGGACGAGCUCGACAGCAAUGUUGAAGACUGGGAGGAGGAGACCAUUGAAUUUUUCGUCACUGAAGAAAUUAUUCCCCUUGGAGAACAGGCGUAGUCGCAUAACUGACAGUACUGUUUUCCAUCUCGACGAGGAGCUCGAUCACAUCAAAGAAACAACAUCUCCUGGAUUAAUUAUAUUUUGGAAAUUCAAUGCACCAACCCAUCCUUUUUUUCUGAAGUCAUUGUAGUACCUUUUAAUCUUGGUCACUUCAGUGGGAGUAUUUUAUAAGCCACUGUAUUUGCUUCUUUUGGUACCCGUUCACAGUUUUAGAAGCCUGUAUCAAAUUACAGUAUACUUAGUGCUGCAGCUGAUUCGGCUGCUAUCAGUCACCCUAAGUUUUAAAAAUUGUGCUUCACUAGCAAGGCGCUAUGUUUCAGUUUCCUAAGGACUGUUUUUGCAUCCAUGGCAAAUGGACAGACAGCUGUUUUCUACAGAAUAAUAUUGGAAUCAAAAAUUGGUUUGAUAUGUAUUUUAGCGUGCUGAAACAGCACUACAGUGGGCUUUAUCCUCCUCCAUUCAGAUUACCUGAUAAAAUGAAAUGUGCUUCAAGGGAAUAAUAAAGGAUACUUACAAAA